AUGAGUUACGAAGAAAUUGAUAGAUCAUCUUAUGGUAAAGAUGUCUUUACUAAUGGUGCUGAAGGUCGUUAUACUAGACCUAAACCUAUAUCAAUAAAUGGUACAUUAUCACAUUCAAUAGAAACAAGUGAAACCAAAAAACGAGUACCAAAAGCAGUUCUACCAACUACAGAUAAUCCAACUGAAGAACUAUAUGAAAAUGGACAUAGUGAUACAAUAGUUAAAACCAAAAAGAAAACACGUAAAGUUCAUGAAAAUGGUGAAAUACAAAAUGGAAAUACUAUUUCUGAAAUCGAUUCAACUAUUGUGAAACCAAAGAAAAAACGAGCACCAAAAAUUGAUUUAAAUAAUGAAAAUAUUGAUCCAAUGCCAACAACAGCAACAACAACAACAACAACAACAGAAGAACCUAUAAAAAAGAAAAAAUCCAAAGUACCAAAACCAAUAUCAAUAGAAGAAGAGUUCCAAUUGAUUGAUACUUCAACUAUGAAUGAAUUAGAAGAACCAUCAAUAGAAAAAAAAGUUAAAAAAACAAAAAGACAUAAAACACCUAAAACAUCAACAAAACUUAUAGAAUCAUUUGAUGAUUUACAAAUGAACAAUUUAAAUGAACAUGCUACUAAUUCAGGUAUGUAUUUAUUUAAAUAUAUAUAUAUGUUUAUCAAUUUUUACAAUUAA